AGAGAGACCAAUUUUAUCUGGACAGAGUUUGACAGAGAAGGAAAGAUGUUGCUUUGAAUUAUCUGUCACUCAUAUAACAAACCGAGAUGGAAGAUGUCAUAGCUCGUAUGCAAGAUGAGAAAAAUGGAAUUCCCAUUCGUACAGUCAAAAGUUUUCUUUCCAAGAUUCCCAGUGUCUUCUCUGGUUCAGACAUCGUUCAAUGGUUAACAAAGAAUUUGUAUAUAGAAGACCCAGUGGAAGCCCUUCAUUUGGGAACAUUAAUGGCAGCCCAUGGUUAUUUCUUUCCUAUCUCAGACCAUGUUCUAACAUUGAAGGAUGAUGGCACCUUUUACCGGUUCCAAACACCCUAUUUUUGGCCAUCCAAUUGUUGGGAGCCGGAAAACACAGAUUAUGCGGUUUACCUCUGCAAGCGAACAAUGCAAAACAAAGCACGGCUUGAGCUAGCAGACUAUGAAGCAGAGAGCUUGGCCAGGUUACAGCGAGCAUUUGCACGGAAAUGGGAGUUUAUUUUUAUGCAAGCAGAAGCACAAGCAAAAGUAGACAAAAAAAGAGACAAGAUAGAGAGGAAAAUCCUCGACAGCCAAGAGAGAGCAUUUUGGGAUGUACACCGGCCAGUGCCUGGAUGUGUAAAUACUACUGAAGUGGAUAUUAAAAAGUCUUCUAGAAUGAGAAAUCCUCACAAAACAAGAAAGUCUGUUUAUGGAUUACAGAAUGACAUUCGAAGUCACAGUCCUACACCCAUACCCGUGCCAGAAACUAAACCACCCACAGAAGAGGAAUUGCGUCAAAAGAUAAAGUAUUGGCAAGUACAGCUAGAUAGACACCGAUUAAAAAUGUCAAAGGUUGCAGAAAGUUUAUUAGCUUAUACUGAACAGUAUGUGGAAUAUGAUCCAUUUCUGGUGCCACCUGACCCAUCUAAUCCUUGGUUGUCAGAUGAUACUACUUUCUGGGAAGCAGAAGCAAGUAAAGAGCCAAAUCAGCAAAGAGUAAAACGAUGGGGAUUUGGCAUGGAUGAAGCCCUGAAAGACCCAGUAGGAAGAGAACAGUUUCUCAAAUACUUGGAGUCUGAAUUCAGCUCAGAGAAUUUAAGGUUCUGGUUAGCAGUAGAAGAUCUGAAGAAGAGACCAAUACGGGAAGUCCCUGUGAGAGUGCAGGAAAUCUGGCAAGAAUUUCUUGCCCCUGGAGCACCGAGUGCCAUUAACCUAGAUUCAAAAAGUUAUGACAAAACCACACAGAAUGUAAAAGAACCAGGGCGGUACACAUUUGACGAUGCUCAGGAGCACAUUUACAAAUUGAUGAAAAGUGAUUCAUAUCCUCGUUUUAUACGAUCCAGUGCCUACCAGGAACUGCUACAGGCCAAGAAGAAGUUUGGAAACACAUUGGAUCGUCGAACAUCUUUUGAGAAAUUCACACGCAGUGUGGGGAAAUCGCUCACAUCAAAGAGACUAACCAGUCUAGUACAGUCCUACUAAAAGGAUCACCUUAAAGCAUGGAAACAGACUCAGUCAUUAUACAUACUUUGUAGCUCACUAAUUGCCUGAAGACAAGAGGACAGUAGAACAAGAUGUUGCAUGAGCAAAGGACCUGACUUGUUUUCUUUUGUGUAUAUCAAGGCAUUACAGACUCCAAGGGACUCACUAAUCUUUUAAUGCCUCCAUUUUGAAAACUCUCUGCUCACUUUCGCCUUCAUAUCAAGUUGGAUCUGUGUCUCUUUUUUUUCUGCAAGCUGAAGUGCAGUGAAAAAAGCUUCUGUUAGGCAGAGUUUAUUCACAAUACUGUCAGUCACAAACUGGAGGAAAUGUAAAAAUAAAAAUUGAAUAUACUAAUAAAUAUACCUACUAUGGCAUCACAGCUAUUGCACAAUAAAUUAGCACAGAAGGUUCCAUCUCACUGAUGUAUUCACAUCAAGAAAGAAGUCUGUGUCUUUGUCUGUUGUCUGUAUAUUCUAUGUUAAUGUUUCUUGCAUUUAUUUUUAUACCAUAUUUUAAGACAAAAAGAACACCUUUUACUCCCUAUGUAUUAAA